AUUUCAAAAUUGGACCAUUCUUCGAAGUCAGUCUUUCUCUCUCUCUCACGUGGACGUACCCCAUCUCUUGAAUUGAUCAACAAAUGCAAGAUAUUUGACACCUAACGAAUUAACCAAGUAGUAAAAACAGAAAUUAACAGAUAAUCAGUCAGUUUAAUCAUCAUUAAAAAGACAAAGUGAAUGCUGAUAUUAUAUAGAAAGAAACUAAUUUUUUCUGCAAAAUAAUUUACAAACACACAAACAAUCAAGAUGGCCACCAUAUUGAACACAAUCAAGACAGCAUUAACAAGUAAAGGGUUGGAUAUGCCUGUUUAUACUACAGCUGAGAACACUAAAGAAUCACAAACAUAUGAAGAGAGACAUUAUCCAGAGUCUAAAUGGGUCAGUACUAAAGUAGUUGGUAUGGUUCAUAAAGAUGCCAGAAGUACAGGUUUUAGAAGACUGUUUAAAUAUAUUCAAGGUGCUAAUGAACCAAGUGAGAAAGUAGAAAUGACAGCACCAGUGGCCACUAAAAUAGUUCCAGGUGCAGGCCCAAAUUGUGAAAGCACUUUUACAGUUUCCUUCUUUAUCCCUCCAGAAAAUGCAGAUAAUCCCCCAAAACCAACAGAUCCAGAUGUAUUUAUAGAAACCUGGCCAGCUCAAACUAUAUACUCAAAACAAUUUGGUGGAUCACCAAAAGAUGAUGAAUACGUUUCUCAUGCCCAAGAAUUAGCUCAAGAACUGAGUGACAAAAAUAUUAACCAAAAUUAUUGGUUUACCGCUGGUUACGAUAGUCCCUUUAAAAUGUUUAAUAGAAGAAAUGAGAUUUGGUAUGUCGAAGAUGACAAAGCAAACAAAACCCAAUAAACAUUUUAUGUUUAUUUCAUGAAUUGAUGAUGUAGAUCAAAUACAAUAUUUUGCCAUUUGGUAAUAGACUAAAACUGAUAUUAUUAAAACACUUUGUUAUUUUUGGCUGAAAGGGUCUUUAACUAUUUUUAUUGGU